AUGCCAGGAACUAUACAAGUUUCAGUUCUAGGUCUUACUGAUGUUCAUACAUCUUCUUCAAACACUUCCAUUAAAGUUGCUAUGGGGAAGCUCGAGUAUCAAACUUCAAAUUCAGGAGACUACAUUUUUCCAGUUACAAGGCUCAGAGAAAAUUUGAUUGUUACUUUGUUAGAUGUCAAUGGAAACAGAAUAUUACACAAAGAGAUAGAGACCAGAAUGAUUAUAGAGAGUGGCUUUUUGGAAGAGAAGCUUUCAUUCAAUGGCUAUGGAAAUGUUCAAUUGAAAAUGCAGUUUGUUCUCAGCGAAGAAGAUCGAAAUCGCAUACGUUUCCUGAGACAAUCUGCAUUGAGAAAGAAGCACGAGGAGCUCGUCAGUGGCAGCUUUUUUACCAAGUCUAAAAGCAUUGCUUCAGAUUUGUCUUCUUUAAGUCUACUGAAAACCCGAGACAUCGUCGCUGUUGCUAAUCCAGAGACAAAUCUUGGUCUGUGUCAAGAAACCGAGCUUCAAACUAGUGCAGAUAGAGAACCGGUUUCGUCAAAUCUUAUAAUGUGGAAACCUGAAGUAAAGGAUACAGCCGAGAAGACGAAAAAUCAACUAUCUUCUUCAGAUGUUUCUUCAAGCAAGAAGCUUUUGGAGAUUAAUGCACAUAGAGAACCGGCCGCGCCAGGUCUUGUAAUAUUGAAGCCUAAAGUAAGGGAUACAGUUGAGAAGCCGGAAAAUCAACCAUCUUCUUCAGAUGUUUCUUCAAGUAAGCAGCUCUCGGAGGUUAGGAAGCCCGAGAGUGUAUCGAUAGUGAAGCAAGAAGAUAACAGUUUGAUCAAAUCGGAAAAAAUUCCUAAACGAAAGUCGAUGAGGCGGAGUAUGUCAGAGACAAAUCUGAGCAGUGUGCGGAAAAUGAUUAGCACUUUUGAGAUCAAAGUUACUCAGGAUACAAAAAUCAGGACAGACAAGAUUCAAACUGAUUUUAAAGAUGCAGAGGAGAAAACUAAGGCGCAGUCACAACCGAAAAGCGCGGUUAAUCUUGAGAAACCGGAAGAAAGGAAGAUAAGCUUUGAGGAUAUGGAGAAGUCAGUGUGUAUAGAUAAAACAGAGAGAUGUGAUGAUUUAGUACCAAUAGUUUCAAGAGAUGAAAAAUCAGUAGUUAUAGAGGAUAAGAGCCUUGAACAGAACACUAGAGAAAGGUCAAUAGUUACAGAGGAUAAGAGUCUUGAACAGAGCACUACAAGAAGUGACUCAUUAAGUAAGCAGCCGGGACAAAGGACCUCGGUGGUAGAAGUAAGGGAUGAUGAGAAGAAACCGAACAAAUCUGUGCGUUUGAAAGAUUCUCAACUUGAGAAUGCACGAGGAUCCCGUCUCUGGAUAUUUCCGGACGAGGCAAAGGAUCUGUCUUGCAAAACAGAUUUUGGAACAAGACAUUUGGAUUUGUCACAGAAGAAGACAGAAGAAUCUGCCAGGGAAAACAUCGGUGAGAGGGGAUUCCGCUGCAGAAGUAUCGCGAAAAUGAAUAGCAACAACAAGUGGAAGAACAUUGAGAGAUCAAAGAAACAUAAAGCUGAGACUCCUGAAGAUUCAGAAAGUCCAAGAGGAUCUGUUGGGCAGGUGAUGCGUGCCUUGAUCGUGGUUGGUUUUGCAGGCCUAGUGUUUUUAACCAGGCAAAGAACCUAA